UGAUAUUACCGCGAGAAACCACGAGAAGAUGAGGCCUAUCCUAUUUCCAAUAACGCAAACACGUUGAUCGAUUGGCCAGGGUACUUGAGGGUACUUGCCAGAUCUUACGCCGCUCGGGUAUCAUUACUGCAUAAAGUUUGAAAUUUUGACAUGUUGCAUUGGUUUCAACCAUAUCUUCCCCUUAGCUUGCCCUUUCUGGUUCUCCAACGUAAGUUAUGUACGACAAGGGCACGCCAUUUUCUACGGACUCGUGUUGGACGCCUCGCAGACGGCAUCACCUUUGAUCUUGAAGUGAAAAGGCACCGUAAAAAAAUUGGGGGUAUUGACGGAGAUCUCCUUGUGCCUCGCGCAAUCCUAUUACUUCUGCAUCCAGCAUCGCAACACGAUGUCCAAGAGCGCCCACUGAACGGAACUCAUAGUGUAUCAAGUCUAUAGAAACGGUCAGAGUUUAAAUGGGAAUGCGGUAGCCUCAGGGCAUGCGCACGGU